UUAUUCCACAGAACAAUAUGCAUCGCAUUUGCUUAGGUAUUUUUAGCCAAACUUAUGAAGGGUAUUAGUAAGAUAGAGGUGAAAGAGUUUUAAAACAUUAAAUCGUGAGGAUAACGAUGUGCGACAAAGGUUUCUGCAGAAGAUUCUUAUCGAAUUUGUCAAGAAAAAAAGAUGUAUCAGAAGACAUGUUGCGAACAGAUCUGAAGCGAUGUUUCAACCUUGGAGAUCUAACCUUCCUUGCUAUCAGUGGUAUGAUUGGUUCUGGUCUUUACGUGUUGGCGGGCACAGUAACUCGAGAAGUAGCAGGCCCUUCAAUCGUUGUGUCUUAUGUCAUUGCAGCAAUGGCUUCGAUUCUGUCCGCCUUUUGUUACGCUGAAUUUUCGGCACGGAUACCAGUAGCAGGUUCUGCAUAUCAGUUUACUUAUAUAAGUGUUGGAGAAUUCUGGGCGUUUGUUGUUGGUUGGAACGUCGCAUUGGAACAUACGAUAUAUGUGGCAGCAAUUGCAAGAACCUGUAGCGGGUAUUUGGACAGUUUGUUUGGAAAUAAAAUUGAAAUGUACAUGCGAAUCCACGCACCUAUGGCUGGUGGCUUCUUCGCCAGUUAUCCAGACUUUUUAGCUGUUGGCAUUAUACUUGUAUUCGGGAUUGUUCUUCUAUGUGGAGUGAAACUGUCUUCCAAAGUAAACAUCGUAAUUGCCAUCAUCAAUAUUCUCGUGAUUCUGUUUAUUAUAACGACGGGCAUGUACCUAGCGGACAUUAAAAACUGGACCCAAGUCAAGGGUGGUUUCUUCCCUUAUGGUUGGGCAGGCACCAUACAAGGAGCUACUACAUUGGUUUACAGUUAUGUUGGAUACGAGGUAGUCGCAUCCGCAACUGAAGAAGCGAUUAAUGCUGCAAGAGAUAUUCCACUCUCUCUGCUUAUUUCUGUGAUCGUGGUUGUCAUUUCAUACGUUGGUGGAUCUGCUGCACUCACACUUAUGGUGCCUUGGUAUGACGUGUCUGUCACUGCUCCGUUUCCAGCUGCGUACCAGAAUCGAGGCUGGGCUUGGGCCCAGUACAUUGUAUCCAUCGGAGCUUUGGCAGCAAUGUUGACGUGUCUCUUGUCAAUUAUGUACGUUGUCCCGCGAUACCUUCUUGCGAUGUCACGAGAUGGUCUUUUGUUUCAGAAUUUACAGAAAAUAAGUGAAAGGACAAAAGUAAGACACUGCAAAAACUAUUUGGUCUAUUGCAUUGUAUUAUAUUUCUGCUGUAUUUUAAAAGGUUGUUGCACUUUUGAAUAUAAUUAGGUAGUUUGUACUUUA